AUGUAAUAUAUUUAUGGAACCUUCAUAGAUGGAUGGUACAAUCUUAGAUUCUUCCUGAUUUCCUAUUUUCAAGACAGUGAGAAAAGAUUGAGGCAAAUUCCAAAUAAUAUUUACAUUCUCAAUCACGUAAUAAAUGAUGAUCUAGAAGUAGACGUAAUUGAAUUUCAUAUAAUUAUAUGAUAGUAAAAGAUGCAAAAAUUGAAGAGUUUAUUUGAAGGCACCAUUUGGUUCUCAUAUCGAAGCAAAAUACCCUAACUAUAAUGUUUAAAUUAUAUAAUAGAUUUAAGAUAGUACACUUACCUCAGAUACAGGAUGGGGAUGUAUGCUACGUGUAGGCUAGAUGGCUCUGUGUUAAUAGAUCAAAUACUAUUAUAAUUUGAGCUCCUCUUAAGAGUUGACAGAACUAAUUUAACAAUUCGCGGAUAAUGAUGAAGAGGAACUCUCUAAAUUUAUGAAUCGCAAUGAUGGCGAUCAAACCAUCCAAUACAAGUCACCAUUCUCCAUAUAGAAAAUUGUAGUUUAGACAAAAUUAGAACUUUAAAAAUCACCAGGAGAAUGGUACAAACCAAACGAUAUUUUGUUUGUAUUGAAGUAUCUCUUUCGAUAUUCCUAAUGUAUUAUCAAUUAAUUAAUAAAAUAGACUAAAAACAUCUUAGAAUGCAUAUAAAUCAUGAAAAUGCCUUUAUUUUAAGUGAUGUAAUCAGUUUAAUGUUCAAUAAAAAUGGAGGAGAUGAAGAAUGGCUUAAAGAAUAGGUAUUGAAAGGUUAAAAUGAUGAAUUUGGAGUCUCAAUCUUUAUAUUAACAAGAAUUGGCUUAGAGACUUGCAAUCCAGAAUAUCUAAAGGUCUUAAAUGACAUUAUGACAUACCCUUAAUUUCAAGGAAUCUUAGGAGGAUUCCCAAACAAAGCCUUGUAUAUCUUGGGAAGAGUUGGAAAUUAUUAUAUCUACUUGGACCCUCAUUACGUUUAAAAUGCAUAAAAUUACUAAGAGAUGGAAAACGAUCGAUCCUCCUAUACUUGUUAAAGCAUUUAAUUAAUAGACAGCGCUUAACUUGAUCCAUCAAUGGCAAUAUCAUUUUGCGUAAAGAAUGCUUUAGAUUUGUUAGAUUUGUGGAGAAGAGUAAUAUAGUUUAUGAUUAUCUAGUUAAAAUAAACAAAAUCUGAGAAUGGAGAGUCAUUUUUUAUGGCACUAACAGAAACCCAUGUAUAUUACCAGCUGGCAUAGUCAUAUUAUUGCGUAAGUGAUGAAGACGAUUUCGUCACUAUCCUUCAUUGAAUUGAAAUAUACUUAUAAUUUAAUGACCCAAAC